CGGCCCAGCGAAGCCACCUCGGGAGCCGCCGCCACCCUCCCGGCGCUCGGGUGAGUAGCGCUGCGGAUGCGGAGGCCGCGUCCCGGCACCGGGGUCCUGCGUCUCUGCUCCAGGCGGCCAGCGCGCAAGAUCCCUCCUCGGGGCUCUCCUGUUCCACUCGCUCGGUCACCUCCUGCCGCCCUAACAGGAACUGUGUCCUGGGGUCGGUGCCGCCCUGUUACACGUGAAGAGUCAGGAAGUCCCAGGGGCUCGAGCCCCGCACACUGCUAGCUUGGAAACCCGUAGCCUCCACUGCAGCCCCAGCCUUCCAAGCUCCUCAGGCCUCCUAGGAUUUAGGCUCCCAGCCGCCUCCGGCCUCGCACGCAGGACCCUGCGCCUUUAGCCUCCUCGGUCGCGGUCGGGAGCAUCCCUACGUCCUCUCCUUUUGGCAGCCAUGUGGGCGCCCAGCCCCCGCCAGCUCUGCCUGGGCUUCCUGCUCGUGUGCGUCCUCUCAGGGAUAUCUUUCUUUCUCUACCUCCACGACAUCUUCCAAGACGGCCUUGGCCUAUCUGUCCUGUGUCGGGACCACCGCUUGCGGUCAUCCCCAGUGGCCAUCUUAUGCCCACGGGGCGCCAACACCUCGUCCUGUCGCCAGCACCCCACCUCCCUGUCGGGAACCUGGACUAUCCUCCCCAAUGGCCGCUUUGGGAACCAGAUGGGACAGUACGCUACGCUGCUCGCGCUGGCCCAGCUCAACGGCCGCCGCGCCUUCAUCAUGCCGGCCAUGCACGCCGCGCUGGCCCCCGUGUUCCGGAUCACCCUGCCCGUGCUGGCCCCCGAGGUGGACAGCCACACUCCGUGGCGGAAGCUGCAGCUGCAUGACUGGAUGUCCCAGGAGUAUUUCCACUUGGAGGACCCCUUUUUGAAGCUCUCUGGCUUCCCCUGCUCUUGGACUUUCUUCCACCAUCUCCGGGAACAGAUCCGAAGUGAAUUCACCCUUCACGACCACCUUCGGGAGGAGGCCCAGGGUUUCCUGAGAGAGCUGCGCCUGGGCUAUUCGGGGUCCCGGCCGCACACCUUUGUGGGGGUCCAUGUGCGCCGCGGGGACUACGUGCACGUGAUGCCCCAGCACUGGAGGGGUGUGAUAGGCGACCGGGCUUACCUAGGCCAGGCAAUGGCCUGGUUCCGGGCCCGGCACAGGGACCCCAUCUUUGUGGUCACCAGCAACGGCAUGCAGUGGUGCAGGGAGAACAUCGACACCUCCAAGGGCGAUGUGGUCUUUGCCGGCGAUGGGCAGGAGGGCACACCUGGGAAGGACUUCUCCCUGCUCACGCAGUGCAAUCACACCAUCAUGACCAUUGGCACCUUCGGCUUCUGGGCUGCUUACCUGGCUGGUGGAGACACCAUCUACCUGGCCAACUUCACCCUGCCGGACUCUGAGUUCCUGAAUAUCUUCAAGCCUGAGGCGGCCUUCCUGCCGGAGUGGAUGGGCAUUAAUGCCAACUUGUCUUCACUCCAGGCCUCAGACAUGUGGUCUGAGUUUUGGAAACUAGGGAGACUUUACAUAUAGAUCGGAUCCCUCUGGAGGCCUGGUGGGUUCUGGAUAAGCCAGUGGGGUGGUCCUGGGGCAGAUGGGCCCCCCCUUGUGGUGUGAUUCUAGUUGGCCAGACUAGAAGGAGGGGCUUUCUGGAACUGCGAGGCACUCUAGAACCAGUGGAACUUCUCCUUCUCCUCCUCCUCUUCCCUUUCCUCCAUCCCCUCCUCCCCCUCCUUCUCCUCCUUCUUUUGUUUUUU